UCAGCGGCGGUUCGGUCGCGAGCGGAUGCAGAAGGAGUGGAAGGAAAGACAGACGGGGACUGAGAGACUAAUACACGAAGAAAGGCAGUUUUACACGGCUGUUUCGGCACCUCUGCUUUGGACAGCGCAACAGCUUUUACUUUAGUUGGCAAGGUUCAAAAGAUUUGCUUCUUCUUUUUGCAAAAACAAAACCGACGAUUCUAUAACAAAGCAAAAAAAAUAAAAAAAAAUCAACAGACGCCCGGGUUUAAGUUGUCAACUGAAACCAGAGGAGCCACGGAGGGAAGUCACUCCAAAGGACAAAGCUCUAUCUCUGGUCUAAAGGGAGACACUCAAAAACCUCACCUCAAGGAAAUGAAUAUUUAUGGACCAUGAACAAUGGAAUAAGAGACAGCGCCUUCUAAUAGAGCCAAAUGUCUUUUUCACUUUAUUGCACCUACUUUGAUAUAUUGAUACAACAGUGAGCUUUAAAAUGCUUUUACGUCCUUGAAAGGUGCCUCCAUUGCUUACCUUUUUAACUAAGUAAAAAAAAAGCUACACUCAAAGAAAGGUAGACAAGAACCGGGCUGUUGCAAUGUCUCCACCCUUAUUAAGUGUAAUCAGAUGGACCAGUUAUUAUGGAUUAUGUGCUCUUCUGGUUCUGCUUAGUCUUUUUCUGACCACUUUGGCUGCAAAACCCAAAGGACCAGGCCAUACACAUCUAAACUCAAUUCGUAUCGAUGGAGACAUCUCCCUUGGAGGACUGUUCCCAGUUCAUGCAAGGGGCCAUGGUGGAAAGGCCUGUGGAGAACUGAAAAAGGAAAAAGGAAUUCAUCGUCUGGAGGCAAUGCUUUUUGCUCUGGACCGAAUCAACAACGACCAUGACUUGCUUCCCAACAUCACGCUGGGGGCUCGUAUUCUGGACACUUGUUCCCGGGAUACACAUGCCCUGGAACAGUCACUAACAUUUGUCCAGGCACUUAUAGAGAAGGAUGGGAUGGAUGUGAAGUGUGCUGAUGGUGGAUCUCCCAUAAUUACAAAGCCAGAGAGAGUUGUGGGAGUCAUUGGUGCUUCUUCUAGUUCGGUGUCCAUCAUGGUGGCUAACAUUCUGCGUUUGUUUAAGAUCCCCCAGGUGAGCUAUGCAUCCACAGCACCAGAGCUGAGUGACAACACACGCUACGACUUCUUCUCUCGAGUCGUUCCUCCAGACACUUACCAGGCCCAGGCUAUAGUGGACAUAGUGCGCCACAUGGGAUGGAACUAUGUAGCCACUGUAGCCUCAGAAGGAAAUUAUGGAGAAAGUGGAGUGGAUGCUUUUAUCCAGAAGACCCGUGAUGACGGAAAUAUAUGUAUAUCACAGACAGUUAAAAUCCCACGUGAGCCAAAGCCAGGAGAGUUUGACAAGAUUAUCCAUACCCUUGGAGAAAAUUCCAAUGCCAGAGUGGUCAUAAUUUUUGCAAAUGAAGAUGACAUAAGGCGACUCCUGCAGGCAGCAAAGAAAGCCAACCAAACAGGACAUUUCAUUUGGGUGGGAUCAGACAGCUGGGGCUCUAAGAUCUCUCCUGUGCUACACCAAGAGGAGAUGGCUGAGGGAGCAAUCACCAUCCUACCCAAGCGUCAGUCUAUCAAAGGGUUUGAUAAUUACUUCAUCGGCCGAACACUGGAAAAUAACAGGAGGAAUGUCUGGUUUGCUGAAUUCUGGGAGAAUAAUUUUAACUGCAAACUCAACCGCAAUGCCUUGAAGAAAGGAACUGGCAUUAAGAAGUGUACAAUUCUUUGUUUUCUUUCAGAUCAAGAGAGGAUUGGGAAAGAUUCAGCAUAUGAGCAAGAGGGUAAAGUGAUGUUUGUGAUUAAUGCUGUGUAUGCAAUGGCCCAUGCUCUCCAUAACAUGCACAGAGACCUAUGUCCGGGAAAGGUAGGACUUUGCUCCAAAAUGGACCCUAUCGAUGGAAGCCUCCUACUUAAGUACAUCCGCAAAGUCAAUGUCACAGUCACAGCUGGCAAUCCCGUGCAGUUCAAUGAGAAUGGAGAUGCCCCAGGUCGUUACGAUAUCUUUCAGUACCAGAUGAAUAACAAAACCGCUGAGUACAAAAUAAUUGGCAACUGGAUUGACAAGCUUAAUCUUAACAUCUCCAUGAUGCAAUGGCCAGGUGGUGUGCAGCAGGUGCCGUACUCCAACUGCAGCCAACCCUGCAAGCCAGGCUGGCGAAAAAAGAUUGUGAAAGGCAUUCCCUGCUGUUGGCACUGUGAACGUUGUGAAGGCUACCAGUACCAAGCCGACCCAUUCACUUGCAAAAUGUGCCGCUUUGACCUUCGCCCCAAUAAGAACCACACAAGCUGCCAGCCCAUCCCUAUCAUUAAGCUGGAAUGGAGCUCACCCUGGGUGGUCAUACCUGUUUUUCUCGCUAUCCUGGGCAUCAUGGCUACACUGUUUGUAGUAGUCACUUUCAUGCGUUACAAUGAUACACCAAUUGUUAAAGCAUCAGGAAGGGAGCUCAGCUAUGUCUUGCUGACAGGCAUUUUUCUUUGCUAUGCAACCACUUUCCUGAUGAUUGCCACUCCAGAUGUUGGGAUUUGUUCAUUCAGACGCAUUUUCCUGGGCCUUGGAAUGAGUAUAAGUUAUGCUGCAUUGCUUACCAAAACCAACCGCAUUUACCGUAUUUUUGAGCAGGGGAAAAUGUCAGUGAGUGGCCCAAGAUUCAUUAGCCCAGCCUCCCAGUUGGUUAUCACUUUCAUCCUGGUCUCACUCCAACUCUUGGGGGUAUGCAUUUGGUUUGUGGUCGACCCUCCCCAGGCCUUUGUGGACUAUGAAGACCAACGCAUGUCAAACCCAGAGAUGGCAAGAGGUGUGCUCAAAUGUGAUAUCUCAGACUUGUCACUCAUUUGCCUGCUGGGAUACAGCAUGCUGCUUAUGGUCACAUGUACAGUCUAUGCUAUUAAGACACGUGGGGUGCCUGAGACCUUCAAUGAGGCAAAGCCUAUUGGCUUCACCAUGUACACCACCUGCAUCAUCUGGCUUGCAUUUAUCCCCAUCUUCUUUGGCACUUCACAAUCGAUGGAAAAGAUGUACAUCCAGACAACCACUCUUACCAUCUCAGUCAGUCUGAGUGCCUCUGUGUCCCUGGGAUUACUCUACAUGCCCAAAGUCUACGUGGUGCUUCUCCACCCUGAGCAGAAUGUGGCGAAGCGCAGCACUCGUAGCUUGAAGGCUGUAGUCACUGCUGCCACAAUGUCCAACAAAUUCAACCCCAAGGUAAACCUCAAACCCAACGGAGAGGCCAAAACUGAGCUAUGUGAGAGCCUGGAAACUCAAGGACUUAGCCCUAGACAAACAUACAUCAGCUACAGCAAUCACACAAUGUAACAGAAUGCAGAUCACAACUGACAGCCAUCACAUCAUGAUGACAGAAAGUCAGGCCAUCACAGUUGACUAUGCUCGUGUUUUUCAUAUGGACAGGGGAUAUGGACUAUGGAGCGGUAAUACAGAAAUAUUCUAGUGAAGGCCAGAUAAAGAUCUUACGGGGACAUCUUUAUGUCUCAGGACAUGGCUCCCAACUUUAUCUAGUUAUUCCAAAGGAUCUACCUAAGGCUCAUUCCAAGGGAUCCCAAAAGAUCUGCCCAGCAGAAAAGCACAAGAAGCAAGUCUAUGUCACUGCUAUGGACCUCAGUGAACCGAUGAGUUUCGGUGCAAACGAGUCAAAAAAACCUCCUGGAAAAUGACUUACAAAUUGUUAUGAACAAUGGUGCAUGUGUUAACCAGAGAAUGUAAAAGUAAACAUGUAUGCAAUGCUUCUCUGUUCUAAUUGGUAUUUGAACAAUUACUUGUCUGUUUGCUUAUUCAGAAUAGACAAUGAUUUAACCUGCUGGAUUCACAAUGCUCUGAAAUCCGUUAUGGACAAUAUAUUGUGUUGAAGAAAUCAGCCACUUCAAUACCCUUUACUCAGUGUUCCUCAAGUCUGCACCUCUAUUUCCAACAAACAGUUCUAAGCUUGGUGAGACGGGUUUUUUU